AUGAAUGACAUCAUUGGUACCAUGUUUAGCAAAGCCUUUAUGGAUGAACUCCUCAAACCUCAGCAUAUGUACUCUCACCGCACCCUGAAAACGGUGCUGGCUCGGUUAGCCCACAGCUCCAUCAUGAGGCUGAACCCGGCCAGUAUAGACAGGCUUUAUGAGCUGGUUAUCAUGGCUUUCAAAUAUCAAGUCUUCCUCUGUCCGCGUCCAAAAGAUUUGCUGCUCAUCUCCUACAACCACAUCGACGCCAUCAGGGAGUUGGUCCAAGACACCCCAGUGGUCCAGAACCAAGUGGAUGAGACACAUCGAAAGAUUAUUGAGGUUUACUCGUCUUUAUCAGAAGGUGACUUCCAGCAUCUCAGACAAACGCUGCUCAUAUUUUUUCAAGACAUGCAUGUCCGUGUGAGUCCUCUGCUUUUUCACAGAAAGAAAUGUAUCCAAGUAAAGUAUUUCUCAUUCACCAAUUCUAUUUUUGUUUUCACUCAGGUGUCUUUUUUCCAAAAGACCCAAGCACAGAAUCCCAACGGACGUUUUACACUUUCGACGUCAGGCCCAGUGCCUCAUGGAACAGAUGUUCCAGGGAUAAUCAGGUGAAUAAGCAACAACUGCACAGGGCCAGUGAAUGUGCAAAGCAGUCUACUGAUCCUAAAGGCGACUGUUUUGCUUAUGUAGCAGCCCAAAGAAAACCUACCACCUACUGAACACUGUCACUUGGUGGGUGGU